AUGAAGAAUUAUAAUCCAAAGUAAAAUAACAAACCUAAUCUAUGUAAAAUUAUAAAUCAUAAAAGCAUAGAUUAUAACUGAUCUUCGACAUUUGGAGGAUAUGGAUAGACAGGAUAUUGAAUAAUAAAAAAUAUUGAAAUUAUAAUUAUCCAGAAUAGAAAAUUUGAAAAAGGAGUAUUCUAAAAAAGAAUAAGAAAUUUGUAAAUUAGAAUAAUAAGUGGAAUAAUUUAAAAUAUAUUAUGAAAAAUAUGAAAAUGUGAAGAAAUUACUUGAAUCAGCUUUAGAAUAAUUAGAGAAAAUUGAAAAUUAAAAUAAAUAGCUUUAAAAAAAACUAAGUGACUUUUAAGAAUCUUAUGCUAAAUUAGAAUUAACACAUUAAACACUUUUAGUUGAUUUUAAUAAUGCAAUAAUGGAAAAAGAAGUAAAUCAGAUCUCUCAAAAUAGUAGUCUAAGAUUAGAACUUAAUGAACUUAAAUCAUAAUAUAAUUAAAAGAUAUAGCAUAUGGAAUCAGAAAUCUAGAAGUAUAAACAAAUUAUACAAGAGAGAGAUAUGCUAAAUAAUAAUUUAACUAUUCAAUUAAAUACAUAAACAAAAUAAAUUUUAUAGUAUAAAUAAUAGGCUAAAAAUGUUGAUCUAAUUUUGAAAAAUCAUAUAGUUUCUACUAAAUAAUAAUAAAAUUCUUAUCCUUAAUCGAUAUGUGAUACAGAAUAUAAAGAAGAUUAAAAUUUAAAAAUAUUAUGUUCUUAAUUAACUUAAGAUUAUGAUGAAGCUGUUAAAAGAAUAUAAUAAUUUGAAAGGUAAUUAACAGAAUAUAGAACAGAAAAUCUAGAAUUAAAAAAAUAUAUUCAAUAUUUAACUGAUAAAUGA